GUACGUUUCAAAAUGGAAUUGUGUUAACACCCCACCACCCCACCGGCCACCACCCCUUCCCUUCCCUCCCUCAAAAGAAGAAGAAAAAAAUAGUUUUGAAAUAAUUGAUCAUCGGUUCUUAAACCAAAUAUUACUAUUAAGAGCGAUUUCUAUAGUUUCAUGACUCUAACUAGGAGCUUCAUAAUGGAAUAUCUGGGGUAAAAUCUAGCGACAGUUCGCGGUGAAUUCAGCGCGGUGGCGAUGAGGCGACAUCCAUAUCGCCACGAUUUGCGAAGAGGGUUUUAUACCAGCGCGCCGCAAUAAAUACACUACAUGACACGCACCCAGAUCAGCAAGGGACAGACUGUUCGGACUUCGAAUAUCUUCUUAGUUAAAUUAACAAAAUGGUGCAUUCGGUGAUAAUGAUUAUGAGUUUGGCGUCAUUGAUGUCAUCUGUUGUGGUACACACUGCCUUUGCCACUACCAGAUUUCAGGUAGAUGCAGGAGAUGUACUCCACACAGCCGCUACGUGAUUGUGAGUCAGAAAGCCCUGGAACCUUUAAAACAAACUGUGAUUGGGAAGAGUACUUAGAUUCACUACCCCUCUGCGGUAAAGGUCACAAGUUGAACAUCACCUGUGUGACCCCAAGUCAGAGUUCAAAGGUUUGUGUUAGUUGUGAGCCUGGCCACUUCCAGGCGUACGACAACCAUUGUGGAAACUGCCACAGUUGUAGUGACUGUGGAAGUUUGAGAACAGUGCAACCUUGCAAUGCGGAGCAGGAUACGGUAUGUGAGGAUCCAAAGGAUGUUACAGAUUCCGACUCCCGACUGUCGACUGGUCUGUCCACUACCGAAGAAUCUUCUAGUGUCUCUCCUGGUCUCAAUCCUGAAGCCACCACUCCUGGACUUACUCAUGGACCCACUCCUGAAGCUGCCAUUCCAGAGGCCACUCAUGAAGUCUCUUCUGGGGUCUCUAGGUCAACUUCCUCUACAAUACCAGAAGUUCUUCCUGCUGUGACAACCAUUGGACCUAACAGAGACUUAUCUACUCAAAAUGGAAAUCACAAGGAAAUGAUAGCUCUUGUUGUGUUGGUGGUUAUACUCACUAUCUCUCUUGUGAUGGCACUGAUUGGGUGUGUGUACUAUCGACAAAAAUACAUUGAGAUCAAGAGGGGGACCAGACACAAUGGUCCAGACAGAGACGUUGAACUCCAGGCCUGCAAUGGCGUUGACUUUAUUCCAGGUCCUUUGGAAAGAGCUCCACCUCCUGCUACUCCCAUUGAUAGACCAGAUGGUAGAUAUCAUCAAUUCAACUACCCAGGUGGAGGCGCUGGUGGAGCCGCAGGUGGAGAACAUAAUGGCCAGUGCCCUCCAUCUCCUCAUCAGGAGCCAGUGUAUGCUACUGUCAACAAACAGGGGAAGUCAUCAAAGGCCACAAUGACUGAUAACCUACAAAGACCUUCUACCUCAUCAGGCAACACUGGCAAGAAGAAUGUGGUCUGCAAGACUAUUAGGAAGGUCUGUAAAGGUAACAGUAAGGGUGCUCGGAAGAAGACUGGACCCGGCUCUGAAGUUGAGAAGGGACAGCUACUUAAAUCUAAAAAUCCGGAUUCACCGCCUUCAGUGAUUCGUAAGACACCGUCUCUCCCAACUACAUUAUAUCCUCAUCACAAACAAGCAGUAACUUCACAAACCCAACCAGCUCUAUCAUCCCAACCGCAAUCAUCUCAACCAUCAACAACGGUGUCACUGCCACAGCAACUGCCUCAAUCGUCAUCACAACCACUUCCAUCAUCACCAUCCUCCUUCCUACCUUUAGCACCCUCACAAUCAUGGUCACCACUACCAUCCUCAUCAAAACCAUCAUCAUCAUCACCCUCAUCACUGCCACCACCAAUACCACAAACAUCAACAUCAUCACCAACAAUUUCAACAUCACCACCGUCAUCAUCAUCACUACCACCAUCCUCGCCACCACCACAGCCAUCACCACUACCACAACAACCACCAUCAUCAUCAUUGCCACCUUUGUCAUCACUUCCACCAUCAACGUCACUACCCUCAUCACAAGUGCCAUCACCAGCAAUGCCACCAUCAUUAUCAUUAUCACCAGCAAGUCCAUCAACAUCAUCAAAACCAACACCAUCAUCAUCAUCAUCACCACCACCACCAUCAUCAUCACCACCACCAUCAUCAGGACCGACACCAUCAUCUGACACACCUUCAUCAAUGCCAUCAAGAGAUGAGGUUGAACAGAAGAACAAGGAAAAAUCAAAGAGCCCAUUCAUCAAUCCAGAUGAAGUCGUGUCUGAGACGUUUUUGGACAGGGUCACAGAUGUUAUAAGUCUGACCACGGUGGAACGGGUCGCCCGGACCUGUGGCCUGCCGCAGGUAGAAAUAGACAACCUGAAAGUCUCGUCACGUUCAUGUCCAAAGGAUAAUGGAUUCCACAUCCUAUGUGCCGUCCUCAAACUCCUGGGAUGCAGCCUGACCUAUGAAAGGCUGCUGAAAGCGAUAAAGACGUGUAAAAACAAGGAUGCUGCCGAUACUCUCAUCAGAGAGUACAGCAUCAAUAUGACCUUUGAUGAGACAAGGUGAUGGCGUGUUGUCUAAUUUGUAUGUCAGGUCUCCCGGUUCAUUGAAGCACUGGAGAUUGCAAAAGAAAUUUUGGGAUUUCUAUAUCGUAGGUCCUUUAAACUGUUGACAUGGCAAGUUUGUAAAAACUUUUACUUGGGUAUUCUCGAGACACUCUUGUUGGCAGUGAUCCCUUUUCAUCCUUUCCUUUUGUUUCCAGUCAGAAGGUGAUUUAAGGUACUUUGGUGGAUAUAUGCAAUAUGAAUAUCCAAUAUUUUUUAUUGUUAUUGUAAUCAAAAUCAUCUUUAUCUGAAUUAUUACUAUUAUCGUCAUUAUUUCUAUUGUUUUAUUAUUUUUAUUAUUGUUAACAUAACUUUAAUAAUUAUAAUUGAAUUAAUACUGGUAUGUUGUUAUUACUUCUAAAGUAUGAACAGUAACUUUUUGAAAGAUAUACAUGUAAUUGAUGAAUAAUAUGUAAAUCUUAAAAAUAUUCUAACUGAAAUUUGAAAACUGGAAAAUAAGUCAAAUGUGAUAUGAUUAGUAAAAUCAUGUGGUCUUCCAUUCAGUUUUCAAAAUGCUCUUCACUAUGGUUGCCUUCAUUAAUACCUUUUAAGUUCAAAAUUUGCAUGUGUUGUUUCAAAGUUACAUUGUACUAUAUUUUGGUAUAAUGUUUCAUGAGUACUCUUUUGUGUUAUUUCAUACAGUGUGUGUAUACUUGUUUGUGUGUGUAUUCGUCUGUAUUGUAUUCAUUUCUUUUAUAUUUAUUCAAUGAUCAUGCCUCAAGAAAUAUAUUGAAAAAAAAAUAUUGAAGCUCUUUAUUAGUCAUUUGAUAAGUUUGUUUACGCAGGUAUUAAAUCAUUUAUAAGUGAAAUGUGAUGCUAACAUUUUAGCAUUUGCAGAAAGGAAAGGUAAAAAAAAAAAAAAAAAAAAAAAAAAAAAAACAUGUUGUAUUUCAUAUUGCUAAAUAAAAGUAAACACAUGCAUUGAUAAAUGAAUAUGGGUAGGUUUUUUUUUUUCAAAGAUAAUGUAUUUCCCCAAAAUCAGAGGGAGUUUCAAACCCCCUCAGGUAUUUAUUCUGAUCUGUUUAUAUUAAGCUGCAUUUUUUACUCAAGGUUGAAUUAAAAUGUGUCUGUACAGACAGUAAUCUGCAGUCUUAAUCUUGAUGACAGUACAAAAUACUUUGUAUUUAUAACAAUAUGAAAUAGUAAUUACUGUGUAGCUUUUAUUACUUUCUUUUCACAUUCAGAUAUUUUGUAGAAAUAUGGCACACGGAAAACAUGGUCCAUGUAUAGAUAUUAACAGAAAUACACAAACUGCCUGUUUCGGAAUUCCUAUAUCCUUAACACCUUGUAUAUUCCGUAGUGUAUUACGUAUAUAUAUAGCCUAUUAGCCUCCAUCAAUUAUUUUCUGUUUGUAUGAAGCUAGUGGAGAAGUGGGCAAGUCUAUGAGGUAAAACCUUGUAACAUUGACAGUAAAUAUUUAUUGUUCUUUGUAAUGGGCUCAGUGCACACGUCUGUGUUUUACAGUACUACUUGCAGGCAACUUGCCAAAGAAAGCAUAUAAAUAUAGUGUGAGAAAUUAUACAUGUACAAUAGCUUUGGCAACUCUUUGUGUUCAAAAUAAUGUUGUGAAAUAUGUGAGAGAACAAUGGUAGGCAUAGAUGAAAUCAAAGUUCCCCAGAGCUGUCCUCCCUUGCUGAAAAAAUGCCUCUGCUGGGAACUGAAUCCAUGCCCCCAGCUAAGAAUGCCAGUGCCUUAACCACUAGACCACAGAGAUGGGUUAGUGGCUAGGGCAAACCCGACCCAAUUGACCGUCAGAUAAAUUUACAACCUCACCGAUUGUUGAUGAGUUUUGAAAAAUGAUGAGCCGCCAGCUUGAUCAAAUCGAAUGCUUACAGACAAAUUAUACAUUUGUGAGAAAUUGUAUUUUGUACAACAGUAUGGCAACUCUUUUUAUUUAAAUGUUGUGAAAUUAAUGAGGUAAGAGCAUAAGUUCAGUUUCAGUUCAGUUUUUAUUUGUUCUCUUUUCCAACAAGCAUAUACCAUUCAUACAUAUAUCAAUAAAUUCAACAAUUAAAGUAAUACAAUACAGGCAAUACAAAAUUCAAUAAUAAAUUUGAAACCAAAAUUAAAAGUACUCAUUGCAAUCCAAAAAGCUAUAUUGAUGAAUUAGUAAUGUUUGUAAUGAAAUGGAGAGGUCCAUUGAGAAGCUGGUCUUCGAAUAAUGGUAGGUGAAGCUUAAAAUCAAAGUUCCUCAGAGCUAACCUCCCUUUCAAAAAUUUUGGUGAGGCCGAAAAAAUGCAUUUUCUACACUUACUAACUGGUUCCCGUAGCUCAUGGUCAGUGAUGAUAAAAUAUGCAUUUUACUUUUCAAAAUAAUUGUUGAAUCUAAUAUAUAAUCUUUAUAUUACAACUCGAUAUGUAAUAUGAAUGGUAUUGAGUGAUGUUUUGGUAGAAUAGUAUAGAAAUUCUGAAAUAUUUUUGCUGUCAGUAUGGAUUGUACAGAGUGAAUAUGAUCUCUGUUUUAGAGAAGAAUGGUGCAUUAUCUUGCUGCGUUAUCUUCCAAUUCAACUGGAAACGUUUGAAAGGAGGUUCAAAUUCUUGAGAUAAGAUUUCACUCAAAGAUCAGAAAUGUAAAGAUUAAAAAAAGAAGUAUAUGUAAAUAUAAAGAUUAUAAUUAAGGUCUGAAGAUGUAAGAUAUAUUUUAAGAUAUAUACAAUAUAUUUAAGAUUGUACAAUAUUGCCAUGGAAAUUUGUAUAUUUGCAUGAAUAUGCAUAUGCUUUAUUGAUAAUACUAUACAUGUAUUAUUGUUGUAGAAAUAUUGGAUAACUGUAUAUAAAGUGUGUAGAGCAGAUGAUAUUAGUAUCAGUUUUAUUAUUAUUGAUAGUAGUAGUAGUGUAGUAGUAGUAGUAGUAGUAGUAGUAGUAGUAGUAGUAGUAGUAGUAGUAGUAGUAGUAGUAGUAGUAGUAGUAGUAGUAGUAGUAGUAGUAGUAGUAGUAGUAGUAGUAGCAGUAGCAGUGGCAGUGGCAGUAGUAGUAGUAGUCGUAAAAGAUUGGAAAAGUUGUCAGCCCCCACCCUUUGCCUGAAUUGGUCAUAAAGGGCAUUUUUUGUUAAUUUGGACAAAAUAUACAUUUUCAAUAAGUGAGAUGAAUGUGGACAGAUAUGAUGACAGAUCCAGGGGUGAUAUUGAUAUUGAAGUGUAAUGAUUGUAAUAAAGAAAAAGAUGCUACCACAUCCCUUCUUGGUAACCCCCCCCCC